AUGGCCGGCGGAGGCACUGACGGCGUCGCCUUCUACGAUGCCGCGCUCGGGCGUCGUCAAAAGCUCAUGGGAGCUUCCGGUGCUCGCGCUCUGUGGAAAAACUUCAAGGUUUUCCGCAUUGCCGCAUUCGCGUGUAUCGGAGGUGUUCUUUAUGGCUAUAACCAGGGAAUGUUCGCUAGUGUCCUCUCAAUGAAUUCGUUUAAGUCGCACAUGGGAGAAUAUGAUCCACUUGAUGACAGCGCCGAUCAGACCAAGAAGGGCUGGCUUACUGCCAUUCUCGAGCUUGGUGCCUGGAUUGGCACUCUUCUUUCUGGUUUCAUCGCCGAGGUCCUAUCGCGUAAAUACGGUAUUAUCGUCGCUUGCUGUGUCUUCCUCAUCGGCGUUAUUGUUCAAGCUUGCGCCAUCCAAGCCGGUCCUAGUGCUAUUCUCGGCGGUCGAUUCGUUACCGGUAUGGGUGUCGGUUCCUUGGCCAUGAUCGUCCCCAUCUACAACUCCGAAGUCGCCCCUCCCGAAGUCCGCGGUGCCCUCGUCGCUACGCAGCAACUUGCCAUUACGUUCGGUAUCAUGGUCUCCUUCUGGAUCGGCUACGGAACCAACUUCAUCGGCGGAACUGCGCUCGGCGAGCAGAGCGACGCGGCAUGGCUCGUCCCCAUCUGCGUCCAGAUUGUGCCGUGCCUGAUCCUCCUCUUCGGCAUGGCUUUCAUGCCCUUCUCGCCGCGUUGGCUCGUCCACCACCACCGCGAGGACGAGGCCAGGACCAUUCUGGCUAACCUGCGAGACUUGCCCGAGGACCACGAACUUGUGGAGCUCGAGUUCCUCGAAAUCAAAGCCCAGUCUCUGUUCGAGAAGAGGACCGUUGCGGAGAACUUCCCGCAGUUGAGAGAGGAGACGGCAUGGAACACUUUCAAGCUGCAGUUCGUGGCUAUUAAAUCCUUGUUCCAGAGCAGGGCCAUGUUCAAGCGUGUCAUUGUCGCUACGGUGACUAUGUUCUUCCAGCAGUGGACUGGUAUCAACGCUGUCUUGUACUAUGCCCCAAUUAUCUUCGGUCAGCUUGGCCUCGACAGCACUGAGACUUCGCUUCUCGCAACUGGUGUCGUCGGCGUCGUCAUGUUCCUCUUCACCAUCCCCGCUGUCCUCUGGAUUGACCGCGCCGGACGUAAACCCGUUCUCACGAUCGGCGCUCUAGGCAUGGCUGCCUGUCACUUCAUCAUUGCCGUUAUCUUUGCCAAAAACUCAUCCAAGUGGCAAGAGGAGCCCGCGGCCGGUUGGGCUGCGGUGGCCAUGGUUUGGCUCUUCGUCAUCCACUUCGGUUAUUCCUGGGGACCUUGUGCUUGGAUUUUAAUUGCAGAAAUCUGGCCCCUCAGCUCUCGCCCUUAUGGUGUCUCUCUCGGCGCCUCAUCCAACUGGAUGAACAACUUCAUCGUCGGACAGGUCACCCCUGAUAUGCUCCAAAAAAUUACGUACGGCACCUACAUCCUUUUCGGUUGCCUCACGACGCUCGGUGCCGCAUUUAUCUGGUUCCUCGUCCCCGAGACCAAGCGUUUGACUCUAGAAGAGAUGGACAUUAUCUUCGGAUCGGAGGGCACUGCCCAGGCCGACUUUGAGCGCAUGGAGGAAAUUAAUGCCGAGAUUGGCCUUACCGCCAUCCUGCAGAAUCAGUUCGCCGGAGGUAACGGGAGUGGAUCUGAGGCGGAGAAGAAGAGCAAGGGGGAGCACGCGGAGAACACAGUUUAA